AUGAAUCUUGAAUUAAUCGGUCAACUUGUAACCGUUGCUCUUGUUGUAGGAGCAGGUCCAAUUAUUAUUGGAGCUCUUUUCGCACGCGGUGGAAACCUUUAA